CUACCGCGAAACUUCUUAUAGUCCGCACACUAUAAACUAUAGUCCUAUAAUAUAGUCUGCACUAAGUGAUACACAUCAGUACUAAAUACAGUAUUCCGACAAAUCUUUUCACUAAACAGAGUACAGCAGAGAACUAAACACAGUAUUAGAACAAAUCUUUUCACUAAACAGAGUACAGCUGAGAACUAAACGCAGUAUUGGAAUAAAUCUUUUUACUAAACAGAGAACUGAACACAGUAUUAGAAGAAAUCUUCUCACUAAAUAGAGCACAGUUUAGUACUUAACACAGUAUUUCAACCGAUUCAUUUUUAAUUCCCCAAACAAUAAUUUUACUUCAAUUAUCCUACAGUUCAUCGCAGAAAUUCAUCUUUGAAUCCUCCUAAACAACGAUACAGAGUUCUAAAAAACCAUAGUUCGACAUCAUAAACUGAAGUAUAUCCAAUCUCUAGUCUGUUGAAUUCAGCGUUUACUCGUCAACGUAUACACAGUGUUUAAGUUUUUCUCCGAGUUUUUGUGUGAGUUUCCUCACUAAAUUUUCUCUCCUUUGUUACAUGAAGAUAAUUUUUCCGGUCAUAUUCAGAAGAGUGAACCAAGUGUAACUGACUAUCCUUGUCUACUUUCGCUGCAAAAAGAAUGACACCCUCAAAUGGAUUCGUCAAGGAUCUUUAGAUCAUCAAUACUAGCGAAGCGGCGAGUCUAGUACAAAACAAAUUGGUGCGUGAAAUACAAUCAAUUUCAUCUGGUAAACAAAAUAUCAUAAUAGCCAACCGGAAACCGAUUGGCUAACUAGAUAGCAAUAAAUCGAGGUGUUAAAACAAUCAACGAUGAAACCCAGAAGGCCAUUGCCGGCGUCCUACUGUGCACAGGAAUGCUCCUCGCUCAACAACAACAACAGACAGGAAUGUUCCUCGAACAACAACAGACAGGAAUGCUCUCCGAACAACAAUUACGGACAGGAAUGCUCUCCGAGCAACAACAACAAUGAUCUGUCGAGUAGUGAUAGAAACAACACCACAAGUUCGUUAGAGAGUAAUAAUAAUAAUAUAGACAGUGAUAAGGUGCCUUUACAAGUGGCGGAAUCAGCUGAUUGUGUGGCAAGGUCAAGUGGGGGUCAUCGGCGAUCAGCUGAUUCGGUAGCAGACGACGCUAGGCGGGUGUCAAGGUCAUCUCAUCGCAAGGUCAGCCUACUAGAAGAGGAGGGAGGAACGCUUGCUCUACCCUUGUCCAAUUCGUCACUGGAUGUCGGCCAUUAUAAGGGUUACCUGAAACUGAGUCUAUGUGGGUUUGCACUAAUGGCUUUAUCCUAUGCUUUAAAUGUGAUCAACCCUAUCGAGGUAGUUAAAAGUAAGUUAAUGAAAAUGGAAGAAGGUUCGUUUGCGUUUGGUUUAUGGAAGAACCCACCUGUGAAGGUGUACGUGGGAGUCUAUCUGUUCAACAUCACAAACGGAGAGAGAUUCGUGUCCGGAGAAGAUAAGAGGCUCAGGGUAGAAGAGAUCGGCCCUUAUGUUUAUAGUGAAAAAUUGGAGAAUACUAACGUGGUUUUCAACGAGAACCGAACGAUCUCAUUCAUGCCUCAGCGCACUCUGGUGUUUGAACCCUCCAUGUCAUCUGGCGACCCCAGCAAGGAUCUCGUCAAUGUGGUCAACAUUCCACUACUGGGUAUCUCGUCAAUGCUGCACAAUUCUUCAAUGGCCUUCAACCUGGCGCUAAGUAUGCUUGUGAGACAUCUCUCAUCUCAGCCCUUCAAGCUGCUCCCGGUCGAUGAUUUCCUGUGGGGGUACGAUGAUCCACUCAUCAAGCUCGCCAGUACCUUUCUACCCAGUUGGAUUCCGUUCCCCAAGUUCGGUCUUCUGGAAAGGAUUCUGGAUGAAGGCAACAACACGGUGACAAUGCAUUUGCCACAGGGAGCUGACAAAAAGUCAAAACAGCCAUUUUUUAUCGACCAAUUCAACGGUCUUCCAGCCAUUAAGCAAUGGGGAUAUGACCCAGAAGAGGAGAAUCGCACAAAAUGCAACGACCUCCAGGGUACCCUUGAAGGAGUUCUGUUCCCGCGUCACCUGGAUCCCAGCCAGUCAUUCCAUCUCUACCGUAAGGCGUUUUGUCGUACGCUGCCCAUCCACUUUGACCGCAAAGCGCUCUCGGACCGCGGCAUCCCGAUCUACGUCUACAAAAUGGCCGACAACGCUUUCGACUCCCCAGACCGCAACAAGGAUAAUGCCUGUUAUUGUGAUCAGAAGGCUAACACCUGUCUGCCCUCUGGACUGUCCGAUAUAUCACCCUGCUAUUUCCGCAUACCAGUAGCUCUAUCAAGACCUCACUUCCUUCUCUCUGAUCCCAAACUACUGGAAGACAUCGAAGGGCUUCAUCCUGAUGAGGAGAAACAUUCAACGCACUUUGGAAUUCAACCUGACGUUGGUGUCCCAAUCUAUGUGAAGACCAGUAUCCAGAUAAAUCUGGUUGUCAGGAAGACAAGAUUCAACUACAAGAUCAGUCCAUUCAACAACAAAAUCAUUCCUAUUUUCUGGCUCCAAGUUAUGAUGCCAAAACUCCCAGACCACGUCAACUUCCUGAUGGACCUGUGUUUCAUCUACGGGCCCAUCCUGCAGACCACGGCCAUCUCGAUCGUGUUCCUGGUGGGAUUCGCGCUGCUAGUACUGGCCACUAUGGGAUAUGUUCGCAUCGGCUGGCUCAUAAACAGGACCACUAUUAGCAGCAAGAACAAGCGGGCAGUAGUGGCCGGCAUGCUCAAGCCAGUGACCGCCAGUUGGGCUAAUGCCUCCCAGGCACCUAUCAAGUAUUCUCAGGUGCAAGUGGUAUCUAUGGCCAAUACUAGGGUGCUGGAGCGGGGUCGGUGAAUAAUUCAUUGAUUCAUCUGUCAGUCGGUGAAUAAUGAAUUAAUUCAUUUAUCUGUCUUUGAAUCAACUAGUAUAUUAGUCAUGUUCCUGAUGAGGGAAUUCUGCUCAGUAAAUAAAUAUUGUUACUAAUUUUCAAAAAUGUAUGAAUUCAGGGCUACUUUCCAAAAUUGUAUUUAUAAAAUAGAAUUAUAGUACCCUUUAUAAUUAAUAAAAUACUAAAACAAGAAUACAAAUUGUAACGUAACUACUAGUUUAGGUGAUCACACCAUCGUCAGCAGGUUAAAAAAAAGCUUAUCUAUCAAGUAUUCUAUAAGUAAAGUGGAACUCCCCCUACACACAGAUGGAUAGUCUAGUAGGGGGAUUCCAAAAUAUGUUGUUAUUGUAUUUCUUAUUCGUGUAUUUUUUUUGGAAAUAAACUGAAUUGAAUUGAAUUGAAUUCACAGGUGCAGGUUUUCUAUAACCUAACGAUGGUGUGAUUACCUAAACUAGUAAUUUACGUUACAAUUUGUAUUCUUGUUUUAUUAUUUUAUUAAUUAUUGAGGAUACUAUAAUUCUAUUUUGGAAAUAUAAUUUUAUUGCCGUAAAAACAAAUAUUCAUGGACAACGUCAGAAAUUAUAGUUUAGCAAACAUGGUCAAUUUAUGUAGCAUGAAGAAUUAGAUUAGAAAGAGAAAAUUCACAAAAUUUGGAAAAUAACUAAAUCACAUUUUAAAAGAUAAUAAUAAAGAUGUAUUUUCAUGAAAUUAGGUAUGAGAUGGUGAACGAGUGAAUAAUGAAUUUUUUAUUCAUCCGUCAGUCGGUGAAUGAGUGAAUUUAUUCAUUCUCUCAUCCCUCAUCGAGCAUGUCACGCACUAUAGUGAGGUCCACGUUAUAAUGGCAGUGUUUGAUUAGCAAUGGUAUUGCUAUCCUUGUCUAUCAUUCAACAAAGCGGAUAGCGCUAUCUCUUUCUCGCUUUACUCUGUUGCGCCAGAUAAUAAUAGAUUAACAAAAUAUUUCAUCUUAAUUAUGAAAAUUCAUUAUGAAAUUAUUGAAAAGUAUAAUUUCUUGUUCAAUGAAAUGUAAUGUCUUUUUAUCUCGUUAGUUUUAUAGUGAGAUCCACGUUGUAAUGGCAGUGUUUGAUUAGCAAUGGUAUUGCUAUCUUUGUCUAUCAUUCAACAAAGCUGAUAGCGCUAUCUCUUUCUCGCUUUGCUCUGUUGCGCCAGAUCGUCUCCUAACAAUGUAGAAUUAAUAAUUGAUCAACAAAAUAUUUCAUCUUAAUUAUGAAAAUCCAUUUUGAAAUUAUUGAAAAGUAUAAUUUCAUGCUUAAUAAAAUGUAAUUGAUUAUUUUAAACGAGAAUGAACAGUUAAUAUUAUAAUAUUACAUCAACAAACCUGUAUCAGCUACAUAAAAUAUAAUUUCUUGCUUAAUAAAAUAUAAUUGAUUAUUUUAAAUGAGAAUGAACCGUUAAUAUUUCAUCAAUGAACCUGUAUCAGCUACCGUCUAUAGAAGGCAUUGACAAGACAUAGGUUCGGCAACGUUGUUCUGCUAUCUUUCUUCACUGCCAUUAUAACGUGCACCUCACAUUAGUAUUAUAGUCUUGAUGAGGAAAUCAUGCUCAGUAGCCUACCGUAGAAGAAAAUUCAAAAAUCUGGAAAAUAACUGAAUGAAAAUAAUAUUUAUACAAUUAGGAGGCGAUAAAUGCAAUGGCCAUGCAAUAAACCCAAUCCGGCCAUUAAUACAUAAUAGAUAAUGAUGUGAUAGAACUAUAUAUUAUAGAACUUGCUACAUUUAUCUCAUUUAAAAGUGUUAUAUUUAUCAUUAAAUCAUAUAUCCAAUUGAUUAAGUUUGUAGAGUAAGAAUUGAUGUUGUGGAACAUUUCCAUAAUAUUGAAGAGACUUAAAAUGUUGUCAAAAAGUCCACUCCAUGAUGUGUGAGCACACACGAAAGCAUGCUCCGUGAAAUAAUAUUUAUUAUAUUAAAAUGAAAUGGAUUUUUUACAAUAUUUCAAGUCUCUUCAAUCAUAUAUCUAAGUUCCAGUUAUAGUUUAUACAUUGUAGGUACUUAAAUCUAUCAACACUUAAUUUUUAGCUACAUUUUUAAAUGUGAAAAGGGAAUUUAUUCGACAAUAAAAUAUUCUCAAAGCUUUAAUAAUGAGCUCUUAUGACAUAUUAUAUAAUUAAAUGAGACUGAUUGGUAUUUUAUUAAUAUAAUCAUUUAUAUUUAGCAUAAGUUUAAUUUUACUGGCUCUAUUUUUCAAAAUAUAUUAUUCCUUACUAUAUAGCAGCACCUCUAGAGAAGCUAAGAUUGCACUUAUAAUCAUUAUGUAUUUAUAGUAUUUUUGUAGUUCAGUUGAAAAUUGUAUAUUUAUUUAAUAUCUGUGGUUCUAGAUAGUUUAGUUGUGUGAUGAAUUUGUUUGUUUUCAUAAAUAAUAUAAUUUGCCAUAAUUAGCUUUUAAUCAACUUCCGGAGAUUAGAAUCCAGAAGUGGUGAAUGGACCUCUUAAAUAUAAUGUUAUUGAUACAAAUAAUAAUUAGAAAAAAGUAAUUCCUUAGAUAUACAUAUUGAACUAGAUUAUUGAGAAUAUUGGAGUAAUUUCAAUUAAUGUGACUACUUAAUUAGGAUUUGUAUAUUGUAAAGGCCUAGCUUACAUAUGCCGUACUCCAAUUAAUACAUAUACUGAAAAAUUUGAAUAUAAUAUUGAUGAUCAUUUUUAUGGGUUUCUUUAUACUAUCCAUAAACUUUUGGGAGAAUAGAACGUUUUUGCUCAUUAACAUAUAUUUCAUAAAUUUGUGUAAAUGUAUUUCUUUCAUAGAUUGAAUAGUGUACACUAAAUAUUGUAUUAUUCAAGAUAGAAGCUCAUUUUUCUUCAUAAUUAAUAGAAUUUUCAGAAAUUAAUUAUUACAGUUGAAAUGACAAAGUCGGGAGGUGGACUUAUUCAAGAAAUAAAUAAUAAAUUGCUCAAUAAACAAUUAAUGCAAUAGUUAAUUUAAUUCUCAAGACGUGUACCAUCGAUUUUCACAUAAUUUAUUAGAUUCUAAGUGACUUAACUAUACAAUUCAUUCCUCAUUAUAAAUAGACAUUCCAGUAUUAGCAUUAUUUCUUAUUGUUAAUAUAUUAUUUAUAAUAUUAAAUUUGUGAAUUCAAUACCCUGUGGGUUUUAUUGGGUUUAAAUACUUGAUAAUUGUGAAUUCGGAUCAAUAUUUAUGUACAUAGAAUCUAAGAGUAUUUAUGUGAACAAGAUUAGUUGAGAAUAAAAGAUUAAAAAUUGGAAAUUGUGUCAAUUUAUUUCUACUGGUUUGAGAAAAAUCAUUAAUUUUCUGACUUGACGAGCUGGAGAUAUGAUUUCAUAAAAGCUUUCAUAUUCUUGUUGAAUUUUCUAUUAUAUAUAUAUAAUCAGGAGAAUUUUCAACAGUUUCCUGUUUCAAUUUAUCCUUCUCUCUCUUUCGAGUAGAAGAGUAAAAGUGCUCUAAAAAAUCUAUACUGUAAUUUAUUUACAGUUAAUUCCACAGACUUCAAAAUAUCCUUUUAAAUAUAAUAUGGAUGCUUAAAAUUCAACCAAUGCUUAGUGCUUAGAGUAUUUAUGUGAACAAG